CCUGUGCCUGGCUCGCGGGCCGCCGCCCUGGCUCCGGGGCGGCCCCCGCGCUUGAGGAGCAUAGAGACGCUACUGGAGGCGGCCCGCUUCCUGGAAUGGCAAGCGCAGCAACAACAGAGAGCACGUGAGGAACAGGAGCGGCUUCGCCUGGAGCGGGAGCGGGAGCGGGAGCAGGAACAGAAGAAGGCCAGUAGCCUGGCCAGGCUGGCACAUCCCCUGCCCGUGGAGGAGCCCCCUCAGCCACUGCCCCCACCCCCACCACUGCCCCCCACAGCCCAGCCUCUGCCCCUGGCACCUCGUCAGCCAGCCCUGGUCAGCACCCCUGGACUCAGCAUUAAGGAGCCUGCCCCCCUGCCCACCAGGCCACAGGUGCCCACCCCUGCUCCCUUACUGCCGGACUCGAAGACCACCGUCCCACCCACUGGCAGCCCUAAGCCUUUGCAGCCCCUCCCCACACCCAUCCUGACCAUAGCACCACACCCAGGAGUCCAGCCCCAGCUGGCUCCCCAGCAGCCACCCCCUCCCACGCUUGGGACCCUCAAGUUGGCACCAGCUGAAGAAGUCAAAUCCAGCGAACAGAAGAAGAGGCCCGGGGGGAUCGGAACCAGAGAAGUCCACAACAAAUUGGAGAAGAACAGGAGGGCCCAUCUGAAGGAAUGCUUUGAGACCCUGAAGCGAAACAUCCCCAACGUGGAUGACAAGAAGACGUCGAAUCUGAGCGUGCUGCGGACGGCGCUGCGGUACAUCCAGUCCCUGAAGAGGAAGGAGAAGGAAUAUGAACAUGAGAUGGAGCGGCUGGGGCGGGAGAAGAUCGCCACGCAGCAGCGGCUGGCAGAGCUGAAGCACGAGCUGAGCCAGUGGAUGGACGUGCUGGAGAUCGACCGCGUGCUCCGGCAGACGGGCCAGCCGGAGGACGACCAGGCCUCCACCUCGACCGCCUCUGAGGGUGAGGACAACAUAGACGAGGAUAUGGAGGAGGACCGGGCGGGCCUGGGCCCACCUAAGCUGAGCCACCGUCCCCAGCCGGAGCUGCUGAAGUCCGCCCUGCCACCCCCCAGCACCGCCCCCGCACCUCUGCCUCCUCACCCUCACCCCCACCCCGUGGCUCUGUCUCCUGCCCACCUUCCCGUGCAGCCGCAGCAGCAGCCGCCACAGAAGACCCCGCUGCCAGCCCCUCCUCCCCCACCAGCCACCCCUGCCCAGACACUGGUGCCGGCACCGGCCCAUCUGGUAGCCACAGCUGGGGGUGGCUCCACGGUCAUCGCCCACACAGCCACCACCCACGCCUCAGUCAUCCAGACUGUGAACCACGUUCUGCAGGGGCCUGGUGGCAAGCACAUCGCCCACAUCGCCCCCUCGGCCUCCAGCCCUGCUGUGCAGCUGGCACCUGCCACACCCCCCAUUGGCCACAUCACAGUGCACCCUGCCACCCUCAACCACGUGGCGCACCUUGGCUCCCAGCUGCCCCUGUACCCACAGCCUGUGGCAGUGAGCCAGCCCGUGGCAGUGAGCCACAUAGCUCACACCCUCUCGCACCAGCAAGUCAAUGGCACAGCCGGGCUGGGACCCCCAACCACCGUCAUGGCAAAGCCUGCCGUGGGGGCUCAGGUGGUACACCACCCCCAGCUGGUGGGCCAAACAGUGCUCAACCCCGUGACCAUGGUCACCAUGCCCUCCUUCCCGGUCAGCACGCUCAAGCUGGCUUGAAGAAGAUGAGGCCACUCAGAGGCCCCCAGUGGGGGCAGGGAAGGGGCCCUCACCCCCACUCUCCCACCCACCAGCUCCACACAUUCCAGCCAGGCCCAGGUCCACCCCACCCACUCCCACCCCCAGGCCUCCUAGGGGAAGGGGGUACAGAGAGACUCUGAGCCAGGGGAUGGAGGGACCACUCCAGGGAGCUGGGCACAGGGCAGGGGGUUGCCCCGCUGCACUCGGACCUGGUGAAAUGACUGAUUAGAGACGCUCUGAUGAACCUGCCACCUGUGCGGCCUGGUGCCAGCGCCAUCGCUGUUCCUGCUGCCCGCCCUGUGCCCUGGCCCUGAAGUCAGAGUGCUGUGGACAUCACGCUCCCUGCCUUCCCUCCCCUGCCCGCCUUCCUGUGCUGCUGCUGCUAUUGCUGUCCCAAGCUUUGGUGUCCUCUUCCCAAGUCCUUGGAGGGGAAAUGGGAAGUGGGACUGAAGCCACUGAGCCCAGAGAGCUGAGGUUGCGGGUGACAGGUCCUGGGAAGUGGCUGAUCUGGAGUCACCUGGACAGGUGGGAGCCCCAGUCUGGGACUCUCAAACCCUGGUGCAGGCGCUGAGAUUUGGUUCCAUAGAAACAGUUCUCUACCAGUGAUAACCCGAGCCCAGGCUGUUCCCAAGCUCCUUGAGCCCCAGGCUCCCCUUAAUCCCUGCCGCUGGGCUCUGAGCCUCAGAAGGGCAGGCUGAGGGGGUGAGAUGGGGUGAUGCUGGGCUUCCCUGACCUCUGCUCAGUGCUAUACACCCCAAGGGAGGGUGGGCCUGGGUGUCCGGGUUUUGGUGCCUCUUACAGCUUAGACGAUGCGGACAAGCAUUUGGCCUUUGAUGGAGGGGUCUGGAAGCCAGUGUUGAGGCAUCAGGAAGUUUUAGAAUCUAGGGGCUUGGCCAAGGCCCUAAGCCCUCCCCAAGCAGGCUCUGGGGACUUGGGGAAGUCUGGGAUGUUAAUGACAAAUUAACGCUGGAGGGAGGAGGCUGCUGCUUUGGCUCCAACUGGCCCUAAACACUCCUCCAGCCCCGCCCUGGUCAGAGCUGCUGUGCACCUUCCCAGGAAGGCUCCUUAGCUGGGUCAAGGCCGGGGCUGACACCGCCUGUGGAGAGACUGGGAUCCAGUGUUAAGGGAUGCUGCUUCUGCCUCAGCAGGUGGCUUUGGCUUUUUUAAAUGUGGGUAUUUAUUACAAGUGGCCUUGUGUCAGACACUCAGUUGCACACAUACACACUCAGCCUCCUCACCCGGACAUACACCCAUGGCCUUUCAGUGGCGGGGGGGAGUGGGUGUCUCCAGCUGUGAAGUUUGCACUGAGGGCUGGGUAGGCUAGGAGGCCAGGAGGGGAGCCCAGGUCCUUCGGGCGUGCCCUGCACAGGCCUGCAGAGGUCCUGGGCACACUCCCCCUUGAAACUGACUCUCCUUAGACACCUAAGGUCCCAGGGACCAUUUUCUUAAUCACUUGCUCCUGGGGGUGGCCUGGGCCCUCCUGAUCUGCCCCUGCAGAGGGUUGUGAGAGGGGACCCUGCACCCACCCUAUCCCAGCAUAGCAAUCACCCCCUCAAGCUUGCUGCCCACUCCCACCCACCCCUGCUUGUGAGGGAGCUGGCUUGGUUGUUCCUGCUGUGACCACAAGGAAAGGAACAGAGGGAGAGGGGCAGGCCUGGCCCCACCCCCGCCCCCCACAGUCAGCAGC